CACAAUCAUGUCCACAUCAUCCAUCAUCAAUACCUAGUCGAACCGACACAUACAGUACACCUACCAUGACAUUCUCGACCGAACUCGCCUCCUGGCUCACCCCAGCCCCCGGGAUAAUACCCACCGCCACUCCCCCGGAACUCAAUCACCCCGCACCGUCAUCCCCCGAGCUCCCUAUUCCCGCAUCCAACGGCCACCCCACAGUCAUCCUGUUCCUGCGCCACUGCGGAUGUCCAGUGGCGGAAGCGGACUUUCGCAACCUCCGACAAGCAGCCUCCCAGCACCCGGACAUCAAUUUUACUGCUAUCUCCCACAGCGAUGAACCCGCGACCACUCGCUGGGUGGACGCCGUCGGCGGGCCGGGGGCAGUCAAGGUGAUUGUGGAUGUGGAGCGUCGAUUGUAUGCGGCCUGGGGCUUGGGGGUGGUCUCUUGGAGUCACGUGCUGAGUCUGGCUGCGCUGGUGAAUAUCAUGAAGCUCGGUCGGGAGAGGGGCAUUUGGAAUCGGAACACGGAGAGUGGGAGUCGCUGGCAGGCGGGGGGGUUUUGGGCGGUGGAUGCGCAGGGGGUGGUGCGGUGGGGGAGGCCUGCACGCAGGGCGGAUGAUUUUCUGGAUGUCGAGGGAGCGGUGCGUGCUGUUUGUGAGCUUAGGGUGGUGGGUUGAGGGUCUGUGGGUGUAAUCCGGUGAUUAUUGCGGUAGUUGGCUCAAUCUGCCACCGGUUUUGUGUCUAUGACUAGGAUCCAGCUCGCGU